AGAGAGAGAGAGAGACAGGGAGAGGGAGCGAGGGAGAGGUCAGACUGAAAGUUAAAAAGAGAGAUUCCCCAACUGUCUGUGUGAUCCUCCACAGAAAGUGAGAGUCGAGGAUGAAACUUAUUAUCUGUCUCCCUGCUCUGAACAGUGUUACUUUAAAAACGAGAGAGGGCAUGGAGGAAUGGACGGGGGUGGGAGGGUAAAGUAAAAGUAAAAAUAGAGUCUUUGUCUCUAUUUGUCAGUCGGACUGUCUGCAGUUGGGCCAUGCAGACAAGUCAGAGUCUGUAGGGGAAACACAGAGAAAGACAGAGAGAGAGGGAGACUUAUUUAUGGCUGCGGUUACUUUACGACCUCAGCGACACAUAUUCCGUUUGUAAGUGUGAAUGAAAAGCAGGCCCACUCCUCCAGCUUUGCUUUGCUUUCUUUCCUUCUUUCUUUCUUUCUUUCUUUCUGAAACUAUAAUCGGAAAAAGAAGAAUAAUAUGGAAGGAGAGCAUAACAAUAUCCAUGAUGUCUUUCUUCUCAUAAUUUUGUAUGUGUAUGUGUGUGUGUGUGUGUGUGUGUGUGUGUGCAGCCUGCUGCAUUACGUCUAUACAUUUUGGUUUUAUUCAUUACAGUUGAAUUCAUAAUUUAGAAAACUGAAGAACUAUCGUGCAAAAAAAAGCCACAAUUACGCCGAAUAUGCUACAUAUAUAUAUAUAUAUAUAUAUAUAUAUGUACACACAUACAUACAUAUAUGUAGCCUAUAUGUAUAUGUGUGUAUAUUUAUAUACAUACAUACAUACAUACAUACAUACAUACAUACAUACAUACAUUACUUUUGUAUAGUAGCCAAAAGUAUUUACGUUUUAAAACUUUUUUGAAGAAAUGUUUUAAUUAUUAGCAAAUUACAAACUUUUUCCACCACGUUUCAAUGACCAACUGAUACAAAAUAAGACGUUAUAUAUUAAUUAAUUAUUGUGAUUGUGAUUCUAUUUAUCUCGUUAUAAUUAUAACACGAACUCAUGUAACCUGAGGCCUACUACUGUAUAAUUAAUAUUACUAACAUCAUUUCUUUAAUUGCUGGACGUUGGAGUGUUACGCUACAACUAUGCAAAGUAAGUUUGUUCCUUCUCAAAGCUAUAGUAUGCAUCCGUAUAGGUUUAAUGUAGGCUAUUUGUAUGAAUAUAUUUAACCUGAAUAAUACAUAAUGGCCCCAUGGAAAGAGUUUCGGGCGCGUGGCUAUAAUCAGUGUCAAGAAUACGAGGAAAAAUGGGAAAAGUUGGAGACUGUUUUCUUUCUUCUUCUCGUUUUACAUUUCAGCCUAAUCAGUGUCAGAGAAGGAGAAAAUAAUAAUUCACUGCACACAUUGAUCAAACCGAACCUGCGGCUCCACAAUACAACUGGUUCUCUACAGACACCACAGCUCAAAACAAGCAUAUGAUUCAUACAGCACAACACGGGACAGAUCAGCGGCAUCCGGGUUAUCUUUCAGCAAUUACACAUUAACCGAUUAUAUUCAGAGAAUCCCUUUCAGAUUAUCAUUUAAGCAACUUGUCCGAUGGAGAAAACAACCGCGGUGAAAGGCCUGCGGUAGAGAACACACACACACACACACACACACACACACACACUGACCGGCAUGGGGGGCAUAAAUCUACCCACCGACCCAAAUGCCUACCAAUUACAAAUGCACAAACACCUCAAUUAUAGACGUGGAAAUCCCACAUUAUAUUGUAGGCUAACUCACAUCCCCGCCGCACACACACACUUGGGACCACACAUGCCUCGUGCGCGCUCCCGGCUGUGAUUUACACUCGCCAAAUUCAUUUUAAUACGGUCGGUAUUAUCUGCAAAGCGCCGGGAAUAUGUUUUAUUAUUCGGUUGCCUCUGGUUGUGCAGCAGCAACCCUCCCCUAGGGGAGGGCGCGCGUGCGUGUGUGUGAGCUGCUGGUUUUUAUGGGUCCAACAACAGACGGAGGAGGACACACAGGGAGAGAAAGAAUCAAUUUAACGCGCCGAGGAUUCCGGUGUGAUUGCGCAAUCUCACCGGGAACCGGGGGAAGAUUAGAAAGAGAAAUUGAAUGAGAAUUAGAAAGAGAGAAAGGGAGUGGGAGAUUGAAGAAGGGAAAUAGGAAGGGGGAGAGGUGGUGGUGGGGAGGGGGGGUAGUUCCCAGCCCCCCCUCCUCUUCCUCCUCUUCCUCCUCUUCUUCCUCUCUCCAACGAAAGGAAAAGGGGCGAACGAAUGCCAGGCACGGAAGCUUCCCAUUGGUCAGUCUGAGGUCAGCUGGUCUCUGCCUCCCCCCUCAUCCUCCUCCUCACCCCAUCCCGUCUUCUCCACACACAAACACCCCCCCUCCUCUCUCUCUCUGUCCCACACUGGCACUCAGCCACCCAGAUACCCCCCUUCCCUUCUCCUCCUCUCACCCUCACCCUCCUCACCCCACUCCUCCCAAUCUGCGAUAAACUAAGUGAUAGCAGCAGCCCGUCGGACUGUCGGCUAUAAAACACAACAAAUCAUAAAGUGCAGGCAGGGGAAGGCAGAGGAAGGAGGACGGGAGGGAGAACCGUUAGCCGUUAGCCUCCUUCUACUCCUCCUUCUUCUUCAUCGCGUGAACGUUGUUGUUGUGUUUGUUUCGUGCCCUCCUGUCCUCCCCUCUCCUCUUCUCCUCUCCUCUCUUCUCCUCCGUCUCCUCUCCUACUUUCUCCCGAUGAGUUCCUAUUUUGUCAACUCCUCUUUCCCGGUGACGCUACCGGGAACGGGUGCUGGCGGGCAGGCGGCGGCGGAGUCAUUCCUGGGUCAGAUCCCGCUCUACUCGUCGGGAUACGCCGCCGACCACCCGCUCCGGCACUACUCGGGGGCAGCAGCCGUUACCGCCGCCGCGGCCGUGGCGUAUGGCGCGAGCGGCGGCGGCGUGCACCAGGAGAAACCGUACUCGGCGUCCACUUACUACCAACAGGCUGCGAACGGAGCGUACAGCGGGCACCGGGCGGCGCCAGGGGUCGGUGUAGGGGGCGCAACCGGGGCUGGUGCCUGCGAUUAUGCCACGGCAGCGGCGGCAGCGGCGGCUGCAGCUGCGGCCACGAGCUUCUAUCGGGACAAGGAGCACCCGUGCAGUCUGGAAGAGCAUCAGCUCGCGCUGAGCCAGGAAGGCAUGCACCGUAAAGCGGAGUGCGCGGGGCUGAGUGGGAAAGGGAUGUUCGGUGAAACGAUGGACGACAAGCUGCCGGCAUCAGCCCCCAUUUACCCGUGGAUGCAGCGGAUGAACUCGUGCAACGGGACCUUCGGCAGCCCCGGGAGGCGCGGGCGGCAGACGUACACGCGCUACCAGACCCUCGAGUUGGAGAAGGAGUUCCACUUCAACCGGUACCUCACGCGGCGGCGGCGGAUCGAGAUCGCGCACGCGCUCUGCCUCACUGAGCGGCAGAUCAAGAUCUGGUUCCAGAACCGGAGGAUGAAGUGGAAGAAAGAGAACAAGCUGAUUAACUCCUCUUCCUCCUCCUCCUCUUCCUCCACGGUGAACGGGACAGAGGAAGAGGAGAAACGGACGGAGUGAAAGAGGAUGGGAAAGACUGAUAAAAAAGAGGAAGAUGGAGGAAAAGACAUGCUGGUUAAUCCCUUCCCCUUCCCGUCUCAAAGUUCGUCGAGACGUUUGUCUGAUGUGAAAACUCUGGGAAAAAGUAGCCUACAUUUAAUUUAAUUUUAUUUUUUUACCUGACACAUGUAGAGAAGGAAGGGGGAGAGGAUUCCUUUUUGGAUCCCUCAAGAAAUGUAUCCAAAAGACUCUUGAGAAGGAACCGUGUGACUGUGGAAAGAACAGAUAAAAUUCAGAAAAUUAAAAAAGAGAAACAAGAUCACAGAAAGGGAAAUGGAUGGUGGCGGAGCAGGUUAUGGCAUCCGAAAUGUAUUUAAAAAAUACAGUAAAUAAAUAACCCGCCACCCAACGCUGACAAACUGUUUGAAGACACAAUUUCUUGUUGCAUUCCAAGAAAACAACCUAACUUCUUAUUAGUUUUUAUUUUUGUCAAAUGUACUUCCUAUCUUUCAGGCACUUGUUUCGAAGCUUUAGGACUCGACCCCCCGAUUACUAUUUUUCCUUAUUUUGUAAACGUGUUGUGUGUAUUAUACCUUCAGUUAAACGCGCACACAACAAUGUGAGGAAGAAAAACUAUUUGAGAAGUGUAUGUAUGUCAUAUGGUGUUCAUAUUUAAACUGUACAGAAAUAAGCAAGGGGGAAACAUCACCUUGUACGGUGAAAACAAUGUCAUUGCGGGUAGGGGUGGGGAUAAUUUAACCAUUCAAGGUGUUUUCCAAAAUAGAGGGGGGCGCGUGGGAGAGGGUGUUAAUCUACUGAUGUUAUUCUCCAAACUACCUAAAAACGUUCAGGAAAGUGUACAUUUUAUGGAUUUUUACAUUGUUUGUUUAUGUUAGUGUUUUUGUCAAGUAAUUACGUAUACUACCUAUGACAAAUGUUCAAUAAAAUGUAAAGUAU